AUGGGGGAACAGCACGGCAUGCUCUUCGCGCAGCAUCUCGAUCAUCUGCAGCGCGUAAAGCAGGCACGAGGCGAAGGGAACGAUGAGAAACAGCCAGCAAGAGAGGCUCAGUCUCGCGUGAACGGUGAGCCGCCUGAACUCGUUAACACCGAAGAGGGAGUAGAACUGUAUUUGCAGAGGCUGCGAGUAAUCGUCAACCGGAUCGUUCAAACGGAAGAACAGAAGCGGCGGACAUUCGUGUUCUUUCGAGGAACAGCCGGCAUGCGGGAUUUGUCAGACGAUCAGAGGAAGAGCUUGCUCGAGAAGAUUCGGGCCGCCUUGUCCACUUGGGGCUUUCAGCUGCCGGCGGGUAGCACGGGCGUGAGCAUCCUCGAGGGAUCCGAAGAAGGCGUCAUGCGCUGGCUCAUGCUGAAUCAACUUCUAGGCAAUUUUGACGGGGCGAACCAGCUUAUACGGGUCGACCCCGAUCAUCUGAUGAGGCAAAAGGCAAAUCGGGACAGCAACUCUUCCGCACCGCACGAAGAUAGCCUGGAUGAAGAUGCGCCCAAGAGCGAGAAAGAGGCUAGACCUGUAGAAUUAGGCUCCGCAACAGCCGAAGACCCAGAUGUCAGGAAGCAACCGAAAGAGAAACGACGAGCGGGACUCAUCGAAAUGGGAGGCGACUCUGCACAAGUCGUCAUCCAGAUUCCCUCCGACCUGCGGCCUUCGAAUGUCUACUCACCUCUUUUUUCGAGAGUAGAUCUAGUGCACAAAGCACGUGGCAAUAAGAGAGGUUUCAAGGCCCUCUUGCCUCCAAUCCGCAGUCACCGCCCCGCUGGAUUUCCGGGUUCUUCCGUCGAGGAUUUCACCGAAGUCGACCUGUGCACCGAACGCCAAAUCCUCUACGCGAAGAGCUACGUUGGCUUGGCUGCCGCGUGCUUCUCCGCAGGUCACCGGCGCGGCGUGGUGGAGCACAUCCACGAGACAGUCCAGCACGCGUUUGAGCAACGCAAAACCGCCAUCCGAGAAGGCCGAGCAGUCCCGCCCACUCGCGAGAGGCCUUUCGAAGUGUCCAUCCCGUGUCUGCCUUCAGACGUCCGCGCCCAUGUGCAGCUGUCCCACUUGCGCCAAAAGCCUGCCUUCGACAGCGGUCUGUUCAUGUCUCUGCAUGACCAAGGCGACUUGAGGAGAGACGAACGCGAAACAGAGACACAGGCGGACUCAACGAAACCGUGGAGAGCCACGCGCUACCACCCUGCUGGCGUGCCCCAGACCAGAGAGUCUAGCGAUGCUCUCAACAGGCGCAUGAAGGCUGACAGAGGCGCCGGGCUGAUGGACAGCAUUCACCACAUCGCAGUGCAAGGAGCCUCCGACACUGUUGCGUGCACGGAGCGCGUCGCUCUUACGUCGAACGGCAUCCCCGCUUUUCCUUUCACGAUUCACCCCGAAAUCCCUCUCUACGCGACGGAGGAUUUCAACAGCUUCAAGGAGUUGGUUCUCCCUGCAGGACAGCCGCAAUUUUCCGGAGCGAAGCUUGCACAGGAGGCAACGCGCCUUUGCAAGAUUCGUCAGGUGGAGGAUGUGGCGAAGGCAAUCCAUGUCAGUGCGGGGAGAGAGACAGCGCAAACUGCCUGCUUCGGCCUCGUCCUCAUGUCGCAAUUCCUGACCCGCGUGCUUCGACUGGAAAGGGAGCGUGCGAUCUUGGCUGUCAACGCGGUCGAUGGCAUCGAAACCUCCUGGACUGCAGCUAUCCCCAUGCUGUACCUCGCGCACGUGAUAAAAGAACGGAAGCAACGAUCACCCCCAUAUGAUGGAAACUUGUCAUUCUCCUCGGGUGGAUCAGCUUCUGGAACAGAGAGCGGAGAGCCAACGCCUUUUAUGCAUGGCGAGCAAAAUCAGAAGGAGCGCCGAGAUUCUGACAUGACGCGGGAGGAGUUGUAA